UGCCCAUCGUGUUCCCAAGAUGGAACCUCGUGUUGUGUCCAAGAUGUCACUUCGUAAGUAACUGAGCGUUGGCCAUGGCGACGUCAGCUAUCAGACAAGCGUGCGGAUGCUCAGGAGGUUCUCAGUACCUAUAUAACUUUCCUUCGUCCUCGCUCUAAUACAUCUCAUCACAGCAUCAGUUUUUUAAUCACUACCUUCGCUUUCCUAGCUUUCUCAAGACAGACACUCUCGCUUCAGUCUAUCUCCAGAUUUCUUGUACUUAAUACUUAAUCUUCGAAAACAACGGUCAAUUCGUCUUCAAGAUGCGUUACUCUUUCGUCGCUGCGGCCAUCAUCGGCGCCGUUGCUGCCUCUCCCGUCGCCGAGUACGGCUACCAAGUAAACCAGCCCUCCAGCAGCGCGCCUGUCUACCCUGAGUACCCUGUUGCAACUCCUAGCUCUUCGAAGCCAGUUGUGCCGGUUGUCCCUUCGAGCUCCGUUCCUAUGAUCCCCUCGAGCUCCAUGCCUGUCGUUCCAGCAAGCUCCGUCCCCGUGGUCUCUUCAAGCUCUGUUCCCGUGGUCCCAGCCAGCUCCACGCCCUGCUCGAGCAGCUCUGUGCCAUCCAUCCCAGCCACCUCUUCGAUGCCAGUUGUCCCAACCAGCUCUGCUCCCGGCUACCCUGUAAACACCCCCAGCAGCUCCGUUCCUUUCUUCGGAGUCACCACGAGCGUUCCGGGUGGAUGCAACCCAGCCCACCCAGGAUCCUGCCCUACCCCCAGCAGCUCGGUUCCUUUCCUCGGAGUCACCACGAGCGUUCCGGGUGGAUGCAACCCAGCUCACCCAGGAUCCUGCCCCACCCCCAGCAGCUCGGUUCCUUUCCUCGGAGUCACCACAAGCGUUCCGGGUGGAUGUAACCCCGCUCAUCCCGGCAGCUGCCCGACCCCUUCCCCAUCGCACCCCGGCGAGACCUCUUCGAUUCCUUCUAUUCCUACCACGAAGGCCCUGACCACCUUCACCACCACCACUGUCUGUCCCGUCACUGAGACUCACGGCACCUCGGUCAUCACAACCUUGACCACCAGCACCGUCACCAUCACCUCUUGCAAGGGAGGCUGCCAUGAGUACGAGACCACUGCCGUCCCCCCGAAGCCCACUGGCGAGGCUCCCAAGCCUUCCGUCUCUGUUGAUAUUCCUCAGUACACCCCCGUUCCUGCCAACGGCCCUUCCGUCGCCGUCGGUAUUCCUCAGUACACCCCCGUUCCUGCCAACGGCCCUUCCGUCGCCGUCGGUAUUCCUCAGUACACUCCUGUCCCUGUCCAGGGCAACAAGCCUUCCGUGGCCGUCGGUAUUCCUCAGUACACUCCUGUCCCUGUCCAGGGCAACAAGCCUUCCGUGGCCGUCGGCAUUCCUCAGUACACUCCUGUCCCCAGCCAGGAUUCCUGCCCUGCACCUGUUACUGUCACCAAGACUCUCACUGUCGGUGUUGACGUUCCCCAAUACACUCCCGUCACUCCCGCCUCCUACACUACCACGGUGAUCACCAUCACUGAGGGCCACAAGCCCCAGACCUACACAGUGACCAUCCCCCACAGCGCCAUGUCGACUCCCACUGUUCCUAUCACCACUUCCAUUCCCGGAGGAUGCAACCCCGCUCAUCCCGGCAGCUGCCCGACCCCCUCUGCUUCCAAGUCUCAGGGUCCUCCCACCGGUCCCAAGCCCAGCGCCGGCUCGUCCAUCGUCUAUUCUCAUUCCGUCCCGGCCCCUUACCCCACAACCUCUGUCAAGUCGUACCCUGCGAACACGCCCUCUAUCCCUGCUGUCCCGGUCGCCAGCUCUUCCCCCAAGCCCUCAUCGAGCACUCCGGCCGGCUACGUUCCAUACUCCCCUGAGUCCAGCAGCAAGCCCACACCUGUGCCCACCACAGCCUACGGUUCCGGCUACGCAUACUAAGCAAUUUGGCUACGAGCGACGGACACCUGACUUGAACACUUCGGAGUUGGUUGAAAUUGGAUGUCAAAAUACCUCCUGAUAGUCUGCUAUUAUGACUUUGGUCCUUGAUUCAUUGAAUCAAUUCUACCUUCUUACUUUCCUUUGUAGAUACUUUGUGUAAGCAUGGCAAUGCUUGGUGUGUACAUAGAGAGCGAAUGGCAAUUCUCACUUUGUCCUGAACCCUCCCUCCCUGGCUGCGCUUCUUCGUAAAUUUUCGCCACCUGACGUAACUAUCUGCAGUUCAGAGAGGCAUCGCAUUCCCACUUGAUGUCAGAUAAUGCUGAGUUAGAUACCAGCGAAUGGGGCAAAGUCCCCAGGUCGUGUGCAGGAUGAUGAGGUCGAGAC